AUGAGAGUGCUUCUGUACUUGAGCUUGCUAGCUAUCGAAGCUGCCAUGCUCUGUGCCAGUCCUGUAGAAAGUAACAUGAAUAGACUGGUGGCAGAGACCUUGACACUGCUCUCUACUCAUCAAACGCUGCUGAUAGGCAAUGGGACCCUGAUGAUUCCUAUUCCUGAACACAAAAAUCACCAACUAUGCAUUGAAGAAGUUUUUCAGGGGAUAGACACAUUGAAGAAUCAAACUGUGCAAGGAGAUGCCGUGGAAAAACUAUUCAAAAACUUGUCUUCAAUAAAAAAACACAUAGACAUCCAAAAAAAAAAGUGUGCAGGAGAAAGAUGGAGAACACAGCAAUUCCUCGACUACCUGCAAGAAUUUCUUGGUGUAAUAAACACUGAGUGGACAAUGGAAAGUUGAGACUAAACUGGCUAUUGUUAUCAAAAGAUUUUGGAGGAGGAAGAUAUUUUAUUGUUAUGACAAUGAGGGUCAACAAAGGGUGGCACCUUCAUGUUCAAUGUAAUUAAACUUUGGAGGCAAAGUAAAGAAUUUGGGGCAUACUGCUACAUUACCAUGUCACACAGGCAGAAAGCAAUAAUAAUAAUAAUAAUAAUAUUAAAAAUUUGAGAUAAAUUUUAGAUAUCAGAAUCAUUGAAAUAUUUUUCCUCCAGUUGACUCCAGGCAAAAUAGAUACUUAUUUUUCUC